CGGCCCCCCCCUCAUGGUUUUUCACGGCGAGAGUCAUACACGUAGAGAGGUACUUGAGCUUGAAGUGAGUCGCCGGAGAACCGCUCCUAAUCUCCGGCAGAGUGCUUCUUCUGUAAAGGUUCUGUUAAGGCGGGUGAAUCGAGCGUUUCUGGUGUUUUCCGAUGGCCGGAACCGUGGUGGUGUUCGACUUCGACAAGACCAUCAUAGACGUGGACAGCGACAACUGGGUCGUGGAUGGGCUCGGGUUCACCGCUCGGUUCGACGAGCUGCUCCACACCAUGCCCUGGAACUCCAUGAUGGACAAGUUGAUGGGGGAGCUUCAUGAACAAGGGAAGACGAUCGACGACAUUGCUGAGUGCUUAAAAACCGCUCCAUUGCCUCCCCAGAGUGUUUCCGCCAUAAAAUCAGCCUACUCUUUAGGUUGCGACUUGAGGGUCGUCAGUGAUGCAAAUACGUUCUACAUCGAGACAAUUCUGAAACACCAUGGCUUGCUUGAAUACUUCUCGGAGAUUAACACCAAUCCUGGUUAUGUCGACGAUAGUGGCAGGCUCAGGAUUGUUCCUUACCACAACUUCCACGUUUCACCUCAUGGGUGUGCGCUAUGCCCUCCUAACAUGUGCAAGGGCCUGAUCAUUGAUCGAAUCCGAGCAUCUGUUACGAAAGACUCGACUGCAGCAAAAAGAUUCAUAUAUCUUGGCGACGGCAGUGGCGACUACUGCCCAAGCCUCAAGCUCGGCGAUGGCGACAAGGUGAUGCCCAGGAAGGACUACCCUCUUUGGCACCACAUUCAGAACAAUCCCCUGCUCCUUAGAGCAGAGAUCCAUCCUUGGUCCAAUGCAGCUGAGCUCGAAGAAACACUGAUCCAGUUGAUUAACAAUAAUUCAUCACAUUUGGUUGCAGCAGACUGCAAGUCACAGUCUGUUCUCCCCCCUCACAGUGAACCUCUUGUUCUUCGUCCUCUCUCUGUUCAACAGUGAGAUCUUCCCUUUCUUCACUUAUACUGAGAUUUGUUUCUGUUUCUGACUCUCCAUCUGUGGGAAAAUCUUAGGAUGGAGUCUAGGGUUUGAAGUUUGGAAUAUGUAGUUUCUCUCUAGUUUUAGUUAUGGGUGCACCAAAACGAAUAGUUUGCUGAUGUGAUAUUUGGCUUACCAUAUUAUGAAAAGUGUCGAGAAAAAAAAAUGUAACUGGUGCUACAGGUUUUCUCUGUUGAGUGUUGAAUAAGAAAGAGAGUUGAUGUUUUUCCAUAAAAAAUUGCCUAAUGGUGGGAUGAAUCUCCAUCCGCACUUCUUAGUGCCUUCAGAGUCGGUUAAAUUC